CCCCCAGCUUGCGCGGGAAGGACCUGUUGCCCUGGUCCGUCGCUGGAACCCUGUGAAGUCAGUGCUGCUCUCCCCACCCUACCCCACCCCGUUUCCUAGAUGAGGAGGCUUCGGGGUUCGCCAUUCCCCCCGGCCUCCAGCGCAGAGCGAGCCCAAGGCCAGGCUCUCCGCCAGGCCCUGCCCCUGCCUGGCUCCCCGUUGGAGGCAGCAUGGUCGCCGGGGCAGCAUGGGGCCGGGCAGAGUGACAGCCCGAGAGUUGUGCGAGAACGACGACCUGGCCACCAGCCUCGUCCUCGACCCCUACCUGGGCUUCCGCACCCAUAAGAUGGGCGUCAGCCCCGUGCCCCCCCUGCGGCGACAGCACCACCUGCGCUCAGCGCUGGAGGCUUUCCUGAGGCAGCGGGACCUGGAGGCUGCGUACCGGGCCCUGACGCUGGGAGGCUGGAUGGCCCACUACUUCCAGAGCCGGGGCCCGCGGCAGGAGUCUGCCCUCAAGACCCACAUCUACCGCUACCUCCGCGCCUUCCUGCCCGAAAGCGGCUUUGCCAUCCUGCCCUGCUCCCGCUACUCCAUGGAGACCAACGGGGCCAAGAUCGUUUCCACUCGUGCUUGGAAGAAGAACGAGAAGCUGGAGCUGCUGGUGGGCUGUGUGGCAGAGCUGCGGGAGGCGGAUGAGGGGCUGCUCCGGGCCGGUGAGAACGACUUCAGCAUCAUGUACUCCACCCGCAAGCGCAGCGCCCAGCUGUGGCUCGGCCCCGCCGCCUUCAUCAACCACGACUGCAAACCCAAUUGCAAGUUUGUGCCUGCAGAUGGGAACGCUGCCUGCGUGAAGGUGCUCCGCGACAUCGAGCCAGGUGACGAGGUGACGUGCUUCUACGGCGAGGGCUUCUUUGGAGAGAAGAACGAACACUGUGAAUGCCACACCUGUGAGAGGUGGGGACGGGGCGAGGCGCAGGCCAGCCGGCACCGGGCCCAGAGGUGAGUCCUCGGGCCGCCCAAGCUCGCCGACCGCAGCUGUCUGUCCUCUCGGCCCCCAGGAGAAGGGGC